UGGGGUAGAAGGGGAUGUUAGCAUAUCCUGUGCGAAUACGGGUGGGAAAAAGACCGCAGCACUGACCGGCCCUUCAGGCAUAAAUAUAAUAAAAUAUUACAUUUUAUUCUCUUUAUAAGUGCCCCUGAGUCGCAGCCCUGCAUUCCAAAAAGGAAGACGAUUAUUUCACCAUGAACUCCGAUGUGGAUGGUGACAUGGAAAAUCAGGUGGAGCUGGAGGAGAAGACAAGGCUCAUAAACCAGGUCCUGGAGCUGCAGAACACUCUCGAGGACCUUUCGGCUCGAGUGGAUGCUGUGAAAGAGGAGAACCUGAAGCUAAAGUCAGAAAACCAGGUUCUGGGUCAGUACAUCGAGAACCUCAUGUCAGCGUCCAGCGUCUUUCAAACCACCGAUUCCAAAAGCAAACGAAAGUAAGGGAGAAGCCCCUUCCUCUGCCCCUGCUGUCUAGUUUGAGUCAGAACCCCCUUUGCCAACUCUGCACAGUUUACUUUUUAGUCUUACCCACAUGCAGCUAAAUUGGCUAAUGUUUACAUUUGCUUGGCGUGUUUCACAUGAUCACCAAGCUUAUUUAAUAAGUUUAUUUUGAUGCUGCUUAACUUAUAUAAUAUUAUAUAGUGUGUGUUGCAAAACAUCUCUAAACUUAAGGGCGAGUUGUUCUAUUCCAUGACCACACACACUUCAGAAUAAAGGCACUACAAAGAGUCAUUUAGAAGAUGCCAUAGAAGAACCACAUUAAGUCUCUAUUAAGAAGCAUCUAAAGGUCUAAAGAAACUUUUCAACAAAUUAAAGUUAUCAUAAACAUACUGUACUCCUUUAUGGAACUAAAAUGGUUAUUCUGUAUAGGUGUAUCAUGAUAAUUGUGCCAUUAAACAAUAUAUUGAUAUGAUCUCACAAAUUUUAACAUUAAGUUACAUUUGAUACAUAAUAUAGUAAGUUAUAUAGUUGAUUACUUUUCCUUGUGUGAUUGCUUACAUGAAAACAAACAUUACUGGAAUUGUAGCCAGUUGCACAAUAAAUGUGUGCAUCCCAGUUGUGUACUAAUUCUAAAUAUUUUUUAAUACAUAGUAUAUAUUCAAAGUUGAGUAUAUUCAAAUAUCCAUGAUGUAUACUCAAAAUUGCUCGUUUUUAAAACUAAAGUUGUGCUAUUAUAUAAUUAUUAUAUCAGUGGCAAAAAAUAAUAAAAAUCUUUUUCUGGUACAAAAUAUUGACCUAAAGUUAUGACAGACCUUCUGUGUCAUUUGCUAAAGAACAAUUUGUAGGACCUUUAUUUUGACGAGUGCAGGGGCAGCUUUUGCAAAUGUUUUUUUCCCAUUAUUUUUCCAUCAAUAUUUUCUAUUGUAGUUUUUUUGCCUUAUGUUAGGGCAGGAUAUUAACAUUUCAGAGAACUAAUUGAACUGUAUUGACCUGUGUUUAAUUUAAUUUAUUGUUCAAAUUUUUGUUGGUGCUGUUGUAUUUUAUGUUUAGCUGUUUUGUUUUUAUUGGGAUGGCACAACUCUGAUGUGACCUGCAGAACUACCCGCUGCUGUACUGCCUGUGUGUCACCUUGUGUCAUGAGUAACCUGAGGAAUUAGGUAACAGUAAUUCAGGGAAUGGAAUUUGUGACCCUUUUUUCCUGGUGCUUUUUACUACAGAGUUUUGCAGGCCAACAUUACAGUUGUGUGUGUACCCCAAAUCCCUGAACAGUAUUUCAUGUUUGUGUAGUGUUUUACUGUUGUUCAGUAUAUUUUAGUGCCUGUUUUAAUAAAUAUUUUUGUUUUGCCUUUGAA